UUUGUACGGAGGGAGGGGAGUAUGAAGUAAUUAAACCAAGGACGCCAAGAACUCUAAUGAUUGAGGGAGACCAUAAAAUCGCAACCGUCCGCUUGAAUUACGAGAGCACCGUACGUGGGAUCCAACAAUUGGUCUUGUUUCUCGAUCAUCAUGAAUUCUGUCCCGGACGGAAGUGAAGCAGCGAUGACGGCGGUGGAAAACUUAAGCCGAGAGCAGUGCGUGUAUAUGGCUAAGCUUGCCGAGCAAGCCGAGCGAUAUGAAGAGAUGGUCAAGUUCAUGGACAAGCUUGCUAUCGACUCGGCUACCUCCGGGUCCGAGCUGACGGUCGAGGAGCGCAACCUGCUCUCCGUAGCCUACAAGAACGUGAUCGGCUCGCUUCGUGCGGCGUGGCGCAUCGUCUCCUCCAUAGAACAGAAGGAGGAGGGCCGCAAGAACGAAGACCACGUCAUCCUCGUCAAAGACUACAGAUCCAGGGUAAUAGAGUCUGAGCUCUCCGCAAUUUGCGCCCAAAUUCUCGCCCUACUCGACCGCUACUUGAUUCCCGCGGCUUCCGCCUCACCCGAGCCCACAAUAUUCUACUUGAAGAUGAAGGGCGACUACCACCGUUACUUGGCGGAGUUUAAGGUUGGGAAUGAGAGGAAAGAAGCUGCUGAGGAAACUAUGGUUGCUUAUAAAGCUGCACAGGAUAUCGCAGGUGCCAAUCUUGCUCCCACGCAUCCUAUAAGGCUGGGCUUGGCACUCAACUUUUCAGUGUUCUACUAUGAGAUUUUAAAUGCACCCGAAAAGGCAUGUGGCAUGGCAAAGCAGGCAUUUGAGGAAGCUAUUGCUGAAUUGGACACCUUGGGUGAGGAAUCUUACAAGGACAGCACUCUUAUCAUGCAACUUUUGAGGGAUAAUCUCACUCUUUGGACUUCUGAUAUACAAGAUCAGACAGGUGACGCUUGAUAUGAACCACUUGUUGCAGGAGGUGUUGUCAAACGGCGUCCGUCCAUCAUCUAAAAUGCAACUAUAUAUAUUUAUGGGUUGUGAUGACUUGUGAAGUGUACUUUACCUAUGACGGUUUUCCUUGUUUUAAACUUUGGCUUAUCUUGGGACCUCAUUUGAGUGUUUGUUGAACGUUAAGUUUUUGUGUUUCCAUUUUCUCUUUUCUUCUUUGUUUUGGUAUUCCCCUCCCCCACUUCCUGGGUAUUUAAGCCCCCUCCCCCCCAAAUGGAUUGCUUUUUAGGUACUAGUGAUGAAACUCAUGCUCAUUGUCUGGUUUCCCAGCCUUGUGUACCGACUACAAUCAUUUCAUGGCUAAUUUCGGGAAAAUCAGCUCAUAAACUUCCUAAUAUUCCAUCAGUUUCAUACAUAGUACUUUAUUUUGCUGAUAAAAUGUAAAUCUAUAAAUUAUCCAGAAAAAGUUAACAAAGCAUAAUGUAUCAAA